GUUAAUGAUAAUUGCAAGCGCUUACCGACAAGGCAUACUGCCACGUCGCUGCGCAUGCGUUACAGUUCCAAAAUGGACUACUUCCGUAAAUAUUUGGGAGCACAACCUGGAGAAGGACAGCCCAGUGGUGCUGAAACAGUUGAGAGACUUGUUGAUAGAGCUUCUUCAUCUACUCUUCUUGAAGACCGUAGGGAUGCUGUCAGAGCAAUUAAAGCACUAUCAAGGAAAUUUCGGCUUGAGGUUGGAACUCAGGCAAUGGAAACACUUCUUCACGUCUUGGAAUCGGACAGGUCAGAUUCUGAAAUAACUGGUUAUGCAUUAGAUGCCUUUUGUAAUGUCAUGUCAAAUGAACCAACGGAUGAUGAAGAGGAAGUACAGUUCCAAGGACCAGAUGAUUUAGGUGCUCAAUUUACAGAAAUCUUUAUAAAGAAAUCAGACAAUGUUGGACUUCUACUGUCACUGUUGGAGGAGUAUGACUUCCAUGUGAGAUGGCCGACAGUGAAGUUAAUCACCAUAUUGUUGACUAACAAAUGUAAAGAUCUACAGGAGUGUAUACUAGUUCAUCCAAUGGGAGUUUCCAAAUUAAUGGACCUUUUGUCUGAUAGCCGGGAAAUCAUUAGAAAUGAUGCUCUUUUGUUGUUGAACCAAUUGACGAGAAGCAAUGCAAAUAUCCAGAAGAUUGUAGCAUUUGAAAAUGCUUUUGAACGUCUCCUUGAUAUUAUACAUGAAGAAGGCGGAAUAGAUGGAGGCAUAGUUGUUGAGGACUGCUUACUUCUGUUACUUAACCUGUUGAAAAAUAAUUCCUCAAACCAAAACUUUUUCCGAGAGGGCAGCCAUGUCAAAUAUCUGACUCCAUUCUUUGACCUUGAGCAAGAUCCACAUAGAUCACAGGUUGGCUGGUCUGCUCAGAAAGUUACAAAUAUACAUCUAGUUUUACAGCUUGUGAGGUCACUUGUAUCGCCCAGUAAUCCACAACAACUCAACACUAACUGUCAGAAGACAAUGUAUACAUGUGGUCUGGUGCAACAAUUGUGUACAAUAUUGAUGGCCAGUGGUGUACCAGCUGAUGUUCUCACAGAGACUAUAAACACUGUAGCUGAAGUUAUCAGAGGGAAUCUACAAAACCAGGAAUACUUUGCUUCAGUGAUGGCUCCAUCUAAUCCACCAAGCUACCCAAGUCUUAUACCAGCUAUUGUUGUACUGCUCAUGUCAAUGGUAAACGAGAAACAACCAUUUACUCUCCGCUGUGCUGUACUUUACUGCUUCCAGUCAUUCCUCUAUAAAAAUGAAGUAGGCCAGUCACAAAUUGUACAGACUUUGUUACCUACUUCUGCUGAUGUAAACACAAUAUCAGCUGGUCAGUUGUUGUGUGGUGGACUAUUUAGUACAGAUUCAUUAUCUAAUUGGUUUGCUGCAGUAGCUAUGUUAAAUGCUAUAUCAGAUAAUGCUACACAGAAAGAGCAGUUGUUACGUGUACAGCUAGCAACCAGUCUUGGUAAUCCACCUGUCUCUCUUUUACAACAGUGCUGUAAUAUAGUAGCUCAGGGUGGACGUGUUCAAACAAGACUGGGUAUCCUGAUGUUACUGGCUACCUGGAUGGCAGAUUGUCCUACAGCUGUCUCACACUUCCUCUUCAACACGGCAAAUGUUCCUUAUCUGAUCUCUCAGGUGUCAUCAUCUGAUGGUGAUGAAAAUGAACAGAAUGUUCAAGGAUUGUGUGCCUUCCUCCUUGGUAUAUGUCUACUUAGUAAUGAUGACCAGAACGAAACAUUCACUACGGCAUCAUUGCGACAGAUUAUUGAGAAGAGGAUAGGGUUAGAGGCUUUCACAAACAAACUAACUCAAGUCACCAAGUCAGAGAGUUAUACACGAGCUAUAAAAAAACCUCACAUUAAUUAUAAACAAGCUAGUGAAGUUGUUUUUGACUACGAGUUUUGUAGAUUGUUUAAAAGUGUAGAACAUGACAUAUUAAAAGCUUUAUCAUCUAAUAAUAGAGAAGAAAGUAAGAAACAGUUGGCCAAUCUGAAGGAACAUGAAAGUAUAGUUACACAAUAUAAAGACUUAAUUCAAGAACAGGAUGAGAGAUUAAAAGAUUGCCAGGGCCGGUUAGAGUCUAUAGAAGGGGAAUAUAGAAAGGCUAAAAAACAGUUAGAAGAUUAUGCUCAACAAAUUCAACAGCUAAAAGACCAAAAUGCUUUAUUAAAAGCCACAAAAGGUUCUAAAACUUCUGAUGGUGAUAAAGAUGAAGAAGUUAGAACUUUAAAUGAUAGAGUACAGUCCCUUAGUUUACAAUUAUCAGAAAAAGAAUCACAUAUAGAAAAAUUAAAAACAGAUUUAUCUGUAGUAGAGGCAAGGGUUGUUGCUCAGGAAAUGGGUGAAGAGGAUAAAGAAAAUAAUCCCAGUGAAACAGCAGUGUUACAACAAACUGUUAAUAGGUUAAAUACAGAUUUACAUGAAUUGCGUGUUGAACUGUCAAAUAAAGACGCAGAAAUUAAUAAACUAAAUUCUGAGUGUAGUCAGUUACAAACUCAAUUACAGCAAGUGCAAUCAAUAUCAAAUACCAGCAAUGAAGAUUCAGAUGCCAAAGUAGUUUCUCUCUCCGAGGACGUGACAAAACUAACUGAUGAGAGAAAUACAUUACAAGACCGAGUGAAAAAAGCUAAUGAAGAAAAUUUAAAUCUCAUUGAUAAAGUUCAUAAAAUGGAGGACGAGUUAUCUAAGAAAGAUGGAGAAAAAGAUAUGAUUAAAGAGGAGUUAGAAACAUUAAAGAAGGAACAGGAAGAUUUAUUGGUGCUACUAGCUGACCAGGACACUAAAAUUGACAAAUAUAAACAGAAAUUAAAGGAGCUUGGACAAGAAGUUGAGGACGAUGAUGAUGAUGAUGACUUUGAUGUUGAAGAUGAUGAUGAUGAAAGCUGAGAAAAUAAUACAGUUGCUAUGGAGAUAUAUUCCAUAUUGGGAUACCUGCUUUAAGACUCUGAUUUUUUUAAUUAAAUAAAGAAUGGGAGAGGUCAUGGUAAAAAGUCAGAAGGUUGAGCUUAUUUAUUGGACUUGGGUCAGUUUUGAUUUAAUGAUAUAUAUCAAUUGAACACACAGGAAUAAAACAGAAGAAAGUAGAAAUUUAUCUGCGUUGCUGAAGCGAAAUUUUACAUCAGCUUGUAAUCAACCAUUAAUCUAAUGAAUUGAUUGCUGGGUGAAAGAAUCAAAGUUUUAUUAUUGUACACCAAAAUUACAGGUUUUCAAAUGCAAUAACAUUAGAUAACCACACAAUUGAACCAUAAUUUUGUUAAACCAAGUUGUCCUAGUAUUGUUAACCCAUGUACAGUAUUUGUAAGUGAUUGGCAGCUUUUAAUAAACACAACAUAUAGAUAUCUUAAUGUAUCUUAGUCUACAAACAAAUUAUUGCUAUUCUGUAUAGGAUAACUGGAUAUUGUUUCAACCAACUUUGUCAUGACUGUUUUCAAAGCAUUUUUUUGCCUACAAGUUUUUAAUGAUUUAUGUAAACUCUUAAUGGGAGUAAAUCAAUGCAAUAUUGUUCUCUUACAGAAAGUUGCUGUGUUCAAAACUGGUUUACAAUCUCUUGAUAAUUAAUGUAAACCUCUGAUACAAAUAAAACAUUAAAACUGUUCUAUUCAUCUAAAUAAGACCAUUCACAAACAGAGCACAAAUUUUUGAAGAUUAUUAAAUCAAGUGUGCCAUAGAUAAUGUGAUGAACGAUUAACUUUGAAUGUUAUGUUCCAAGUUUAUUGCCCAUGUCGGUAAUAUUCAGAAUAAAUUUGCCAUUCAUUUUCAUUAAUCUUUACUUAGAAAUUCUAUGGAAUAAGGCAUUGAAUAUUUGGUUGCUUUUUUGGAAAUGAAAUGUUAUUGAGUGACCUUGAUUCAGUAAGUCAAGACAUUUGCACAGAUUGUAUAUAUUAAGUACUGAUGUUCAUGAAAUAAUCAUAGGAAAGACUUGGAAUGUUUUGUUUAUGAAAUAAUCAUGUGGAAGAUUUGAAUAAAUAGAAGAUCUUAGAAUCUUGAUGAGAACAAUUUAAAAGGUGCCAUGUGGAAAUGUUCAUGUUAUAUGUACCAAUCAAACAUUUCUUCAAAAUUCUUGUUGUUUUUGUCUAUUUCUUCAUAACACCAGUUUUAUACCAUCUACUGACCCAUACAAGGCUGUUGUCAAUUAAAAAAACGACAACAAAAAAACUUCACCUUAAAAAAAAUCACCUUUAAUACAUAUAUUUCUAGGGGCGAGCUGCAUAUUAAUCAUCUAGAUUCAUGUAAAUAUGUAAACCUUUGAUGAAAAUUUAUCUUUUUGUGACACUACUUUGUGUGGGGCAGUAGCUGUAUUAAAUACAACAAAGUGUCAACUUCUGUAUGAAAUAUUUGUAUAACUAACUAGUCAUCUUUGUUAUGUCAUUGUGCAUUUGUUCAAAUUCAUUAACAUUAUUGCUACAAUCAUUUGUACAGUCGAUUCAGAGAAUAAAUGAAAAUAAAAAAUUAUAAACUAUACAAUUUUGAAAGUGCUUCUCUUGAGAUUUUGGUUAAGUUUUUAUCAUGAUCGUUUGCAUUGUUGUUGUAUAAAAAUUAUUUGUUCAUUUUUCCCCAAAAAAAUAUUCUUUUAAAGGCACAUUAUGCCUCAGACUUUUUUUUCUUCUGUAGAAUGGGCAAACAUGUGUUUUAUACUGUUGCAAUAAUGGAUUUAGAACAUGCUAGAUGCUUGUCAUUAUCACCCUGAAAAUAGCAUUAAAUGUAAAAUAAUUUGUGUUGCAAAAUGUUAACAAAGUAGUAUUUUGACUUCCAUACAAAAUACCAACGCUACUUUUGCUUGACUUUUUGACAAACACUAAAGAGGCAGUAUAUAGCUCAGCUUCAUGGCCAAUGAGUAACAUUUUGGAAACUGUAACAGAAUACCAAAAAAAUGAAAAGCUUUUGAAAAAUUAAAAUGAUAGCAUUUUUGAGAUUUAAUGGGCCUUUAAUAUAAUAAAACAAGUGCUGCAUAUUUAUGUAUUCAUGCUUUUAUAGUAACAUUGCUUGAGGUGAAUUAUAAGGUAGCAGUUGUAAUGAAGAUCACAUUGUGAAACACAUUGUAUAAUGACAAUGUUUAAAAGGCUGAUGAAAUUAUGAUUUUAUUUCAUGUUCUGAAUUGUAAUUCCUUUUAUUUAAAUUCAAUGGCUUUAGAAAAACAUGUUUUAUUUUUCUACCCUUCAUUUUGUGUGUAUAUGAAUGUUAUAUAAGUUGUAUUUAUUUUGCUAUCAGAUGGUUAAUUGUAUAUACAAAUGGUCUUGUUCAUGACAGGGCAUAUAUUAUAUAUAUUGAGAAAAUUCAUGAAAAUAAAAUGAUGAAAUCUU